AUGACAACUAACACCACCGAAAAUGCAGCGGAACGUCAACGUCUUGAAGGGUUCUUCAGUGCUUCUCGCCAGGGUAUUCUUGAUUCCAUCAGACGAGAUCCGACAAACGACGGCGGCCUCAUGCAGAACAUUCAGUUCGCAAUCCAAUAUCCCCAAGAUAUCUUACUCAGGAAUGGGAUGCGAAAGUCUGACAUGUAUCUCGAAAUAGAGCUCAAGGAUCUUUGGUGGAAGACGAUCGAAGCAGCAAAGUUCUAUCCAGCCGAUGACGAAGGACGACAAUAUAGACUCAUAGCCUGGAUUGCCGGAGCGAGAGGGCGUCCUCCUGUAUCAAGCACCCAGCAGGAUACAUACGUCGCAGAUGGUGGAAAAAUCUUGUGGAAAGAUCUUCCGUUCUUCCAAGAAGCGCUCGAAUCGGCAUGGGCGGAUCGAGCCAGCUUGUCAAAGGUUGAAUGGACGAAUCUGAAUGCUUUUGUUUCUCGACUCAUGCAAGUCACUGGAAUGGACCUGAUGAGUUUCGGCCUGGAAACCAUCCGGGAGGCAUUGGAAGAAGGAAGACCUCUAUUCAUGAUGGCUGGCGAGGGUCAGCAAGGGGAGAGAUGCAUAGCAGAUCUAUUGCCGGCUACACUACUUUGGUUGAGGCAUUCGCACGGGUUUAUGAAGAUCAUGACAGUGGUUGUCGAGCGGGCUAUCAAAGAGGGUCUCGAACGACCAUCAGGGUGUGGGGGUAACGUCAUGCCAGGAGAGCUAGCCGUGGCCAGUGAAGUAUCGAGGGGUGGCUUAAGUCUCGCAAGAAGACGCUUUUGGAGAUUGCGUCUCUUGGAGAUUGGACAAAUGGAGGGUGGAGCUGAAGGUAACAACGAUGCUACAGUUGCAGAUGCCUGUGAAUGGGCGAAGAGAAUUGGGACGUGGAAUCUCGAUUGGCCAGCAGAACUCAAAGACGUGCCUGGAUGGGAAGAGGCAAUACGCUAUCGUCCCAAUCCGAUGCCCAGAAAUUAG